AUGUUGAAUAAGGUUAAUUAUACAAUUUGGGUGUUGCGUAUCCACGCGAUUUUUAACGUUCAUGGCGUGUGGGAGGCCAUUGAACCCGGAACUGAAACCGAUGUGAAGAAAAACAAUAUGGCGAUUGCCUUGUUGUUUCAAUCCAUACCGGAAGAACAGAUCUUGCAAGUUGGUAAUAUGAAGACGACAAAAGAGAUGUGGGAUGCACUGAAAGCGCGCCAACUGGGAGCCGAUCAGGUACGUGAAGCAAGACUACAGACACUCAUGUCAGAAUUUGAGGCGUUGAAGAUGAAGGAUUCUAGUAAAGUUGAUGAGUUUUCUAGUCAGUUAACAGGAAUGUCUUCAAAAGCGGCGUCUCUCGGUUUUAUAAUAGAGGAACAAAGGAUCGUGAAAAAGUUUCUCAGUGGUUUACCAAGGCGGUUCAUCCAUAUGGUAGCCUCAGUUGAGCAACUUGUGGAUCUAAAACAGGUUGCAUUCGACGAUGUUGUUGGUCGAAUAAAGGCGUAUGAAAAACGCAUAAAAGAUGAAGAAUUGCAGUCGGAUAAUCAAGGUACUCAAACGAAACCAAUGUUUAAUAAUUCUAAUGCCUCUUCAAGUUCUAGACAGACUUCACGCGAUUCGAGUAGCGGACGCGGGAAAGGCUCGAACCGUGGACGUGGUGGUGGACGCGGUCGAAACCAAUCUGGUCAAAACCGCGGGUCACAAGGCGGGUCCAACGAAGGGGAUAAAGAACAAGGAAAGAAGGAUUAUUCGAAGGUUCAAUGCUUCCGAUGCGACAAGUUCGGUCACUUUGUUUCGAGAUGUCCAGAGCGAAAGAAAGAGAAACAAGCAAACUUGAUCGAUGCGGAAGAAAUUGUCCCGUCUUUGAUUAUGGUGCAAGAUGUUCAAGAAAUCGUUUACUUGAAUGAAGAAAAGGUCAUUCCAAAAAAUUAUGAGAACGGUUCGGAAGAAAAAGACUUGUGGUAUUUGGAUAUGGCGUGA